UUACAGCCCAAGAAAACGGGACUGGUGAGGUUGAAGCAUCUUAUUGACACGCGUAACCACUCGCACAUUCUAGAUUUAUCCAUCUGGAACUUUCCAGCUUAUUGGUUCAUCUCUCUUUAUAAGUUUGGAGCUAAGCAUGGUCACUCUAAUUCAAAACGAAGCAGAAGCCAACAAUCACAAGAAGAUUCAAGCCGAAGUCCGAGAAAUGAGUGCUGUCGCGAUCAACCACUUGUUCGGUUUGCCGGAGACCAUCGAGAAGCUGAUCUUCCCGACUUCCCGCUCCGGUGAAGGUAACGAGAAUCGAGGAGGAAGCAACAACAACAUCCCAAUUGACAUUCUUGAAUCUCCCAAAGAGUACAUCUUCUACGUCGACAUCCCCGGAAUCUCCAAAUCCGACAUCCAGGUGACUGUAGAGGAAGAGAGGACGCUGGUGAUGAAGAGUAACGGGAAGAGGAAGAGAGAGGAUCAUGACGAGAGCGAAGAAGGAUGCAAGUACAUAAGGCUCGAGAGGAGACUUCCUCAGAAUCUCGUGAAGAAGUUUCGGUUGCCUGAAGACGCUGACGUGGAGGCUGUGGCGGCUAAGUAUCAAGAUGGAGUUUUGACAGUCACCGUUGGGAAAGUGCCGCCGCAGCCACCGAAGUCUAAGACGGUUCAAAUCGCGGUUUCUUGAACCGGUUUGUGUUACGUGUUUUGUAGACCGGUUUGUUUACGUGUUUUGUAAGCUUGUAAAGCUGUUUCUUGUUCGGUCUGUAAAACCCCAAUGUUUCAGAUUGAAACGGAAGAUCAAAUAAAGAACUUGAGCGCCGUAAUCAACUAAAA